AUGACUGAUCUUCACUCUUUGCCCGCCGGCACUUGGCCGUCCACUGCCAUUCGCAACAAUGGGCCAGAUAACCUGGUGCUUGAAAGAGCCAAGCUGAGAGAGCUUGCUGAAGGUUGGCCUUGUUAUCGUGAUUCCUGCGAAUGGGAAAACUUUGAAUCGAUUUUCCACCCCAACGCAUUCGUAUAUACGACAUGGUCAGGCCGGGUUUCCUCGAACGAUUUCAUGGCGGCCUCCAAGGCGGGCAUGGACAAGGGCGCCUUCAUCAUGCACCGCUGCCACGGCGUCACCACCGACAUCACCCCCGACGCCACCCGUGCCGUGACCAAGAUGAAGGCCACCAUUACCCAACGUUUUGUGAUUGACGGCUGCGAGGUUGACGCCGAGGCCGACUGCCGCUUUUGCUUCUUUUUUGAAAAAGUAGACGGCAAAUGGGGCGCGCGCUUUGUCAGGCAUUGGUAUGAAAAGGAUAAGCUCAUUGCUACAAAUCCCGCCAAGGCGCCACAGCUGGACGAGUCCAAGCUGGCUACGUAUCCGGAAGGAUACAAAUAUUUGGCAUAUUGCCAGGAGCUUACCAUGGGGGUCUCUGUAUUCAAGGAUAUGCCGGGCCACAAUCGACACAAGGGCACUCCUUCUGGCGAAAAACACGACUUGUUAUACCGAUUGGCAAAGGACUGGUUAGAUGGAAAAUCGAUUGAUGUUUGA